AUGUCGUUAGAUGAAUUCUUUGCCAAGCAAAAUAGGAAAAAGACUAAAAAGAAGCCGAGCCCUAUGGAACUGAUGGAUAUGCUCGCAAGAGGAGGAGAGGUCUCGAAGAGUCUUCCGGAAACAAGCGUUCCUCAGGUUGGUAAGCCUGCCAUGAUGGAGAAGGAUGAUGAGUGGGAAAUCAUAGAUGAUGAAAAGGAAAUUGAUCUUCAAAACAUCAGGAUAAGCAAACUCACCUUAACAUCUUCCGAAGAAUCUGCCAAACAAUCUAAAAACAAGGACGUGCAUGAGUGUAACGGUGAAGCUGUAGUUGAGAAGAAAGUCUGGGGCGCAAAAGUACCUGAAACUCCUGCAGAACCUGUCGAGCCGGUUGCACAACCACCACCGGAGCGCAGUAUUUAUAUACCUGCUCCUCUGAGACAAAAGGGUAGUUCUGGUUCCAGUGCCGCAAAACCAAAUGUCGCCAGUGCCACGGACUUCCCAUCUUUAGAUGCAAGUGUCAAUGAAGUUCAAAAAAAAGAAACUCAGCCGGAGAAAAAUAACGAUGAUGUUGAUGAUUCACCCUGGCAAUCAGCGGGUAUGCGCCGUCCAAAUCCAGUGUCUAA